GGCGGCGCAGGGCCCCGGCGGCGGAGGGAAGAUGGCGGCGGUGGUACAGAAUGUGGUGAAGCUCCUCGGGGAACAGUACUACAGGGAUGCCAUGGAGCAGUGCCACAACUACAACGCCCGGCUGUGUGCCGAGAGGAGCGUCCGCCUCCCUUUCCUCGACUCCCAGACCGGGGUGGCCCAAAGCAACUGCUACAUCUGGAUGGAGAAACGUCACCGAGGGCCAGGUUUAGCCGCUGGGCAGCUUUACUCCUACCCCGCACGCCGCUGGCGGAAGAAACGCCGCGCUCAUCCUCCGGAGGACCCGAGGCUUUCCUUCCCUUCUAUCAAACCAGACACCGACCAGACCCUGAAGAAGGAAGGGCUGAUCUCUCAGGACGGCAGCAGCCUGGAAGCCCUGUUGAGGACCGACCCGUUGGAGAAACGUGCCCUCCCGGACCCCCGCAUCGACGACGACAGCCUGGGCGAGUUCCCUGUCACCAACAGCCGUGCGCGGAAGCGGAUUCUUGAGCCGGACGACUUCCUGGACGAUUUGGAUGAUGAAGACUAUGAAGAAGAUACGCCGAAGCGGAGAGGGAAGGGGAAAGCCAAGGGCAAAGGUGUUGGAGGGGCUCGGAAGAAGCUGGAUGCAGCUAUAUUAGAAGACCGGGAUAAGCCCUACGCUUGCGACAAUAGUUACAAACAAAAGCAUACCUUGAAACCUCCCGAUCGAGUCUGCGGGAAGCGAUACAAGAAUCGGCCGGGAUUGAGCUACCACUACGCUCACUCCCACCUGGCUGAGGAAGAAGGCGAUGACAAGGACGACUCACAGCCCCCCACUCCCGUCUCGCAGCGGUCGGAGGAGCAGAAAUCCAAGAAAGGACCUGACGGCUUAGCUCUGCCCAACAACUACUGCGACUUCUGCCUGGGAGACUCCAAAAUCAACAAGAAGACGGGGCAGCCGGAGGAGUUGGUCUCGUGCUCGGACUGCGGGCGAUCAGGGCACCCCUCCUGCCUGCAGUUCACCCCCGUGAUGAUGGCGGCCGUCAAGACGUACCGCUGGCAGUGCAUCGAGUGCAAGUGCUGCAACAUCUGCGGCACCUCCGAGAACGACGACCAGCUGCUCUUCUGCGACGACUGCGACCGCGGCUACCACAUGUACUGUCUCACCCCCCCCAUGUCGGAGCCGCCCGAAGGGAGCUGGAGCUGCCACUUGUGUCUGGACCUGCUGAAGGAAAAAGCCUCCAUCUACCAGAACCAGAACAGCUCCUGAUCCCGCUGCGCCCACGGGACGGCUGCCCUCGUUCCACACGUUUUCCCUUUUUUUUUUGGGGGGGGGGGGGGGGGUGUCUUUUCUUUUUUUCCCUUUUUUUUUUUUUAACCUUCCCCGUGUUUUCUGGUUUGUUUGGGUUUUGUUUUUUUUUUUUUUUAUGGCUUGGGGAGGGGGGUGUCGGGGUUUAUUUUAUUCGUCAUUUUUUUGUUGUUGUUGCCGCGCAAGGGUUUGUUUCUCACCUCCCCGCGGCCAGAUGGGGGGGUGACGUCCUGCGAGGGCGGGCUGAGGCUGCCGUGUCCCCACCCCGCGGAGUGGCUUUUGGGGUGACACCGCAGUGUCCCUCGGGACCCCGUCCCGACCGAGGGGCCACGGACGGGACAGGGCCACCCGUCCCAUCGCCGUUUGCUGGCUUUUCCACCCAAAAUGAGGCGCCCAAAUCUAUCCCGCCGCCUCCCUGGCAACGUGGCAUGCCAAAAAACUCGCUUUUCCCCCCCUUUUUCUUGGGAAAAGAGACCCCCGUGCCAGCCGGGGGUGCAGUUUGGGGGCUUUUUGUUAAUUUUUUUGAGGGGUGAGGUAUUUUUUUCGGGUUUUAUUUUUAUUUCCUUUUUUUUUCCCUCCCCGUUUUUAUCAUUUCUUUUUGCCCCGCCAUCUCUCCCGCCUCGGAGGAUGCUCCCCGCAGCCCGGCUGAUCCCCCCCCUCCUGCCCAGACGAGGCCUUACACCCUGACACCCUCCUCUGGCCGGCAUGAAACGGGGCAAAAUCCCUCCAUUUUGGGGUUUUCCCCCCUCCACCUCCUCCAGCUGGCGCGAAACGGGUCAAACCCCCUCAAUUUUGGGGUUUUCCCUUGCUCCCACACAGCACAGAGGGAGAAACGCUUCGCCCUGUCCCCCCCCACCCCGUCACGGUCGCACAGGGUUUGUUUUGGGGUUUGGGGGGAUUUAUUUUGGGGUGGGAAAAGCUGCUUUUACCCCCAGAACGCCUCUGACAGGGAGAGGCGGGAGAUGCCACUGUUCUGGGGCUCUCUGGGGACACCCCGAUAUCCCCGUCUGCCCCCCCAAGGGUCCCGUUGACUGAAUGUGCCUGUUUUUUCUAAAAAUCAACUUAAAAAACCUACCUCCGAACCCCCCCCCGCCUCUGCGCCCCGAAUUUCACCUCCCAGAACCCCCCGAAAGAGAGGAGCCAACCGGGACGGCGGCGGAGCAGCCCCGAAACCGGCCCCGUGAGCAGAAAAAUGGCCCCAAAAUUACUAAAAUAGCCCCCCAAAUGACCUAAAUAGCCCCCAGAUUGACCACAGGUAGCUCAAAAUUAACCAAAACUGCUCAAAAUUGAACAGAAUCCCUAAAGAAACCCCACGCCACUACACCAAAAAAAACCCACCCCGGAUCUGGGUGACGAAGCGGCUCCAGCCCGGUGGUUUCUCUCCUCCCCUCCUUGAGCGCGAUUCGGGUGGAAAUGAAGGCGUUUUGGUUAAAAAAGGGUGAUUUUCCCCUCUUUUCACGCCCUGACGGGGGCGGGAUGAUGAAAUGUCCCUAAACGGGUGGGUUUUACCCCAAUUUCCCCUCGGCAAAGCUUCACGGUUGUGUCUUAUCCGGGAAAAAAAAAAAAAGUGACACCAAAAUGGCUUGUUUUCGUAAUAAAAAUGGAUAAAAAUGUAGCUGUGUGGAAGUGGGGUCGUUUUGGGGAAAACUGGGGGGUUUUAGGGUACUGGUAAACAACAGCUAUUUGGGUGUUCGAAUGUAGCUUCUCAGAGGGCUGAUCCUGGGGUUGUGCUGCCCUGUUUUUUGGGUAAAUCCACCCCAUUUAGGUGCUUGCUUGUGGCUUCUCUGAGGGCUGACACUGAGGUUGUGCUACCCUGUUUUUUGGGGUAAAAUCUGCCCCAUUAGGGGCUUUUGCCACCCGCUGGCCCCGGCUUGAUGCGAGAAUUAAUUCCUUUGCAGAUCUAUUUUGCAGCUAAAUCACCCGAAUUGGGGCAAAGGCCGGAGCUCGAGAGCCAGGACCCAGGUGUCAGG